AUGGUGAUCGCAAUUUCCAAGCACUUUGGAUGGCCCAUCGACCAGCUCGAUGUGGUGACGGCUUUUCUGUACGGCUUCAUUGAUGGACAAGUGUUCUGUGUGAUUCCUGAAGGCGUUGAACUUGAUAGUACGUUCGACUGCCUUGAAUUGGUGAAGUCAAUUUGCGGCCUCAAGCAAGCGUCGCGAGUGUGGAAUGCGACAUUCGACGAGUUUGUGUGCUCCAUUGGAUUUCAAGUGUCAGGCUUCGACCCAUGUCUCUACAUCAAGACUUCGGACGGCCAUUGUGUGUUUGUAUUGGUCUACGUGGACGACGUUUUGGUGACUGGAAGCUCGCUCGAGCUAAUUAGACGAACCAAGAACGACCUGAAGACACGUUUCGAGAUGACAGACAGCGACAAGUGUGCAUUUGCUCUUGGGAUCGAGAUUCUGGACGGUGAAGACGGCAGUGAGUGCAAGGCUGUGGCAAUUCCUGUGGAUGUCAGCUCUCGACUGGUGUCAAGCAACAGUGCGAGCAAGAUCGAUGUUCCAUUCCGUGAAGCUGUUGGUGCUUUGAUGCAUCUGACGACUACAACACGACCGGACAUUGCCUAUGCUGUGAGCUUUGUGUCGCGCUUCAUGGAGAAUCCCCAAGAAGAACACUGGGUCGCGGUCAAGCGCAUCUUUCGCUACCUACAAGGCACCAAGAUGCAUGGAAUUUGCUACAGGCCAAGUGUGAAGAUCGACUUUCGUGGCUGUUCGGACGCAGACUGGUCCGGCGACCUUACUGAUCGCAAGUCAACGUCUGGAUACGUCUUCAUGCUAUUGGGUGCUUCAGUGAGUUGGGGCAGCAAGAAGCAGCCAAGUGUGUCACUGUCUACAAGUGAAGCGGAGUACAUUGCGCUUGAGUCUGGCGACUCAAGAAGGCAAGUGGAUCCACUGCUUACUAUGCGAGAUCGUAACGGCUGCUAA